UCUGGGCUAUAAAUAACUGAGUUACACACGUUACUGACUAGAUAGUCACGGGGCCAUUGAUCCCCAGCACCACCCUUUGUUUCCAUGUUUAUUGGCCCAAAAUGCUAAUAAUAUUUAUCUGGACAGAUUAAGGAUGGAAAGACAGUCUAUACAAACACCAUCUAUGGAACAGUCCCAGGGACCAGUAUCCACCGCAUUGAAGUCCCAGUGAAGUGUGAAAUGGACAUGAACGAGACCCUGGGUUUGAGCUUUCACCCCAAAGUUACUGAUGUGGUUUCCCAAAGUCACUAUAAUGUGUCAAUGAGAUUCUACCAGACUGACGAGUUCACCGACCUGAUUACAACGUUCCCCCAUGAGGUUGAUCUCCAUGGCAGUCUCCAUUUGCAGCUGAAAGUAGAGUCCGAUGAUACCAACCUACAGAUACUGGUGGAACAGUGUAAGGCUUCCCCUUCAUUAGAGGAGACAGAGAAGGGUUACAGCAUCAUCCAGCAUGGGUGCCCCCUGGACUCAACCCUACAGAACCACCCGGUGCCGGAUCAGAGGAUGAAACAAUACAGUUUCCAUGUAUUUAAAUUCAAUCCAUUCCAGGAGGUCUAUCUGUUCUGCAACGUUAUCAUCUGCCACAAUCAGACUGCCCCAAACCGCUGCACCCAAGGCUGUAUCACCCGCAGAUACCGACGCGAUGUCUCCAAUGCAAAGCUGGGCUCUGCCCAAUUAUCCCAGGGGCCCAUUGUGCUGAAAUCUGGGGCCCAACUCCCUAACAGCCAGGCUGGGGGCUCAGUCCCUUCGAUGGUGUUGGUGGCCGUGAUCGUGGCUAUGGCCUUCCUCUCAGCGAUGGGGCUGAUGAUUCAGAGGCGUUACUACAGGAGGCCAGGAGACUCCCAUCCGCUAAUAAGCAGCUACUGAGUCACAUGGACAAGAUAUCAGCCAAUGAAAGACUCUGAGUCUGGAAAACGGAUUUAUAUUGCGCUGCAUGUAUUCCUGUUUUGUACAAUAAAUGUUUGUUAUGUAUCAUA